ACAGUGACGUGGCUGGGAACACGGCCCGGCCCGGUCCGGAGCCAGCUCAGCAACGUCUCGCCCUCCCAGCUCCUCCCACCAAACAAACUGAACCACUGUCCGCUGCGUGCUUUCCUUCCUCUCAACGCCAGCCUUGCCGAGAGCCCGAGACCAAUCGCCGCCAUCUCCCGGAAUGACGGGGUGACGAAACCGCGCCGCACCAGACAAGACAGAGGAGCCGCCGCCGCGACCCACAGGCCACCGGGUCGCCGAGGAGGGGAUCCAGCGAGCCAUGUCGACCGACGUGCCCAUGAGCCCCGAGCUCGAGCAGGUGGACGGCGAGAUCCAGGACAUCUUCCGCGCGCUCCAGAAUGGGUUCCAGAAGAUGGACAAGAUCAAGGACUCCAGCAGGCAGUCCAAGCAGCUGGAGGAUCUCACGGCCAAGAUGAGAGAGUGCAAGCGCUUGAUCAAAGAGUUUGACCGUAUACUCAAGGAUGAGGAGAAAAAGAACACCCCUGAUGUCAACAAGCAGCUCAAUGACAAGAAGCAGUUCAUGAUCAAAGAACUCAACUCCUAUGUGACCUUAAGGAAAACGUACCAGAGCAGCCUUGGUAAUAAGAGGAUCGAACUAUUCGAUACGGGUAAUGACCAGGUGGCUGAGGGAACUCCAGUUCAAAUGGCAUCAGAAAUGUCAAAUCAAGAACUCAUUAGCACCGGAAGGAAACAAAUGGACCAAACUGAUCAAGCUAUUGAGCGCUCAAAAAUGGUUGUAGCACAAACUGUUGAAGUUGGAGCUCAGACUGCUGCAACUCUGACACAGCAAACGGAACAAAUGAAGAGGAUAGGCAAUGAGCUAGAUUCUGUCCACUUUUCACUGAAGAAGGCUAGUCAAAUGGUGAAAGAGAUUGGCCGUCAGAUUGUCAACCCGCAUAACAAGAACAUCAGAGACAUUCCGGGCCUAGCACCUCCCGCCAUGAACAGGAAGCUGCUGUCCAUCGACGCUGCAGGACUCUGAGCGUUGUGAAUGGCUGCCUCCCGCAGCACAGCGCAACGCAGCGCGUCAGAGUUCUCUUAUGAGCCACGAUACAUGGCUUCGCGAUUCUUUUGUGCUUGUAGUUUACGUCCGCCCAUUCUUUCCCUAUUGCAUUGGUGAGUAGUAGCCUCAGGUUUGUAGCGGGACUCUUGUUGUUUAUUGCUUGCGAGCCCAUAGCUUUCUGGUUGUUUGUGUAUAUGCGGUAGUGAUGUGAAUGUGAGAGUCGAGUGGAGAUUCUUCAUGGUUCGUUCUUAUGAGUUGUGACUGGUUUGUGAGCUUGUGGUGAAAGGUUCGCAGCUUGCUUGGCAUG